AGAAGAGCGAAAAUGGCACCUGAACCGAAGAGGAGGAAAGUUGAUGGUGUCGCAUCUCGCAGGACUGCCUCUUCACAAGCUGAAAAGAAAGACGCAGUUGAAACAUCUAUGAAUAGAUCACCAGUUUAUGUGGCUCAAACGAGUGGUUCUCAUCUUAAAAUUCAGCAAGCUAGGAAUCAUGCAGUAGCACAGGCACAGCAAGAGUGUUGUACAGGAAAUUUCAGAAUCUUUGACUCUCCCUAUGGGAAUUUUCUGGUGCCAGUAAUUCCAACUCGUGCUGAACUUGGCGGAUAGUUUCAUGCCUUCAGCUGAUUUUACUCAAAGUAAGUUGUAAAUUGAAUAUGAUUUUGUACACUAGCAUUUAUACAUGCAUCAAGAUGGGCAAGGUUUAUGCAUGAAGAUCUAACCUGGAAAACUUGGACUGCCAUUGAUUCUGGCCAUGGAUUCCAAAUCCCAGGCUAUGGAGAUCUAGUUUUAAAAUCUUCCUAUUGUAGUGCCUGUCAUGCAAGGCCAGAUAUAAGUCGAGUUUAGCUUCUCUAAAUUCGACUCAAUCCAAAAAGCUCUGACCUAAAUUCAGCUGAGGAUUUAAGGGCUCGGGCUCAAAUUCAUCAGAAUAAUGUUGUGCACCCAGGCCAAGGUUGGCCAGAAGAAAUCAUCUGUGAUAUGUGUUUGUGCAUACAGAAAAUCUAGUUGGGAUGAUUGAGCAUAACACUCAUUUUCUAUAUCCAUCCUUUGUCCUCCUCUUCUUUGAUCUUAGUAAAAAAGUUCUUAAACAUAAAGAGGUUUUGAAAACUUAUCUGUGUGCUUCUAAUUAGAAAAACUUUACUCAUGUUAAGGAAGGAAAAAAAAAAACAGAUCCCUCCCCCAAUUUUUCUUCCGCUCUCGCUAUUUUCCACCUAAGAUCUUUGAGAAAGGAUUUACCCCAACUUAAUUCCUAGAUCCAUACCUGUCCAGGUGACAGCCCAAGUAAAAGCCUUCUCUUCAAACUUCUUCCUUUCUUUCUAGCUUAGCAGCUGAUAAACACACAAAAAACAUGGAGUACAUGUUACCAUAUGUUCUAUAGUAACGUAGCUCAAAAGGCUAUAUAGGCAGAGGAAAUUUUCAGUGCUCACCAAUCACCACAUGCAAGUAGGUGCACAUCACCUAUAAAAUGUUGUACGUAUUCAAUCAAUUGUUAUCAGUUGUAAAAGUGUCAGAUUUUUUUUUGAAAUAAUUAAUGUGUGUUUGACAAGCGAGAGUUGUAACAAUUUUUCAUUAUGAGCACCACUUGACCCUUGCCAUGUAGUGUACCUAUAAGCACUAAAUAUUUGUUUCUACCACAGUUUGAGAUAACACUGAAAGCUGAAAGCGAACUUGCCUGCCUCCCACACACCUGGUUUCAUUUUUCUUCAAAGCAGAUUCUUAUUUGGUACAUGAGACAGGAACCUAUGGGACCGCUCUUUGGUUCCAAAUGGAACCCAUGUUCUUUUGUUUUUUUGGUUCAACAGUCAGGAGUGUUCGGAUUUACGUGUACUUCAACUAAUCUUUUCCUCGAUCUAGUCAAAGGUAGGUCAUCUACGUCAGGACUAGGGUAUUCAUGAGAUAUAAAUUUUUUAUGAUCUGAUCUCAAGAGAUUGACAAGAUUUGAAUUCAAGACGUCUGUGAGCUACCCAUUGAGGUUCAUGGAACCCAUGUUCAACCGUUGGAAGUAAUGACAAGUUGCUUAUGCAUGUGGAAGCCACAUUCAUUUUUGGGUUCAUAUGCUUUUGGUUAGGUCAGAUUGGACCUAACUUUGCUUAUAAACAUUGCUCUAAAUCAGCGGCUGAUCCAAUUGUAGGGCCGGUUUUGUGGAGCUUCAAGUUGUCAGCUUCUAGCUUUUCAGUUUCACUAAGGUGUCAAUUCAUUCUUUGUGAAAUGUGUUUAUUGUGUAAUGUCGUGUCAUUUUAAAUUAAGUAUUAUGAUAUAAUCAUGUUUUUGUAUAUAUAAUGGACUAGAAAUUUGAGGACUAAUACUAUCUUUUCU